GUUAAUGGUGGUCAUUACUAUCUAUUGUGCAUUAACUUCAUGAAUGGCAGUUUGGACGUGAUUGACAACCAAUGCAUUACACCCCCUAUGACGUAUUUGGGAAAAUACAAGAAUGAACCAAGAAAUAUGUUGAAAGGCUUCGCAGAAUAUUAUUUUGCAAGACACAAUGGAGGAAACAAAAGUUCUGUAACUGAUUUCAAAACAAGAAACCUGAAUAUGAAAUGGAAAAGCAACGCCAAUUAUGAUGAUUGUGGAGUGUUUUUGCUGAAGCACAUGGAAACUUAUUAUGGAGAGAGUGCAAAGGAAUGGAAUCCGGGACUGGAAAAAGACAACUUUGAGCAAAUGAAGAGAUUGAGAGUUGAAUAUUGUGGAAAGUUAUUGGCGCACAAAGAGAAUGAUGAACACCAUACAAUGAUUUCAAAAUCAAGAACAUGGGCACUAGAAAACAAAAUUUGAGGAAAUUGUAAUAGCUAGUUGUAGAUCAAUGCUAGAAACAUGUAGCUUACAUGUAGCAUCAAAUUUCGUACUUGUUAUAAAUAGGUUGUGUUGA